GAAGAUAUCCUGUACGAGAGGCCCAAGCUCAAGGGGCCAAAUCCAAUCACGAAGGAGGUAACGAGACACGCGGCAAAUUCCCGGAUUUACAUGGCUGAUGGCACCUUCUUUCUUUACCAUUUCCCCCCUCCUUCUUCCCUUCCCCUUCUUCCCCAUUCCUAUUCCUUCCCCUUUCCUUCCCCUUUCCUUCCCCUUCUACUCUAUUCUUCUUUCUCCAACCCUUCCCUUCCCUCCCUCCCUUAUUAACACCCUCUUCUUACUUCUAUCUUAAUGGCUGAUAUUCAACCCCCCGACCCCCAGAUCAACGGCGCCCCUCCCCCUCUCGUUGUCUCCUCUGAAACCGUUGGAUCCAAACGCCAGCGAAGGCCCAGCGUCCGAUUGGGGGAUAUCGGCGGCGACCAACCCUACGAUUCCUACCCCCGCCGCACCAAUAAACCCUGGAAGUUUUCCUUGGAUAAUCGCAAGGACUCCUCCGCUGCCACUGCCAAGAACUCCAAAACUCGCCCUUUGACCAACUUCAGCUCGGCCGACGCCGAAGACAAAGAGAACAAUUUGGACACCGUUGCAAUUGGCAGUUGGAGAUUAAAGGAUUCCAAGCGGAGAGGCUCCGCCGCCACCAAGAGGGCCAGAACUAAUUGGGUAUCCUCCAAGCACGACGAAGGCGGCGGAGGUGGGGAAGCAGAUGAAAAGUAUAGCGCCGGCGAAGACGUGGAUGAGGGGUACCGGGAUUACGACAUUGAAAACUCGGAAAGUCCUCUAAAAGAGCAAAGUUCAAUGCAUUCGCUUGAGAAUUUGGCGAUGGAAGGUCAGGGGAAUGAUAGGGAGAUGCUUUAUCAGGGGAAUAGAAGAUCUAUAAGGUCUAGGGUUUCGGAGGGGAGAGACCACCAAGAGGGGCUCGAAUUUUCAGGGCCUUCAGAUACUGAUGCUAGGAAUUGGAAGUGCGGGACUAGCGGUGAUAGGAAUGGGAAUGGUGGGAGAGGGCUGUGUGGGGAAGAUGGGGUUAGAGUUUGGCUCAACGGCUUAGGGUUGGGUCGGUAUGCUCCAAUUUUUGAAAUUCACGAGGUGGACGAUGAGGUUUUGCCAAUGUUGACACUCGAGGAUCUCAAGGAUAUGGGAAUAAGUGCAGUUGGGUCGCGGAGAAAAAUGUACUGCGCAAUACAGAAGUUAGGGAAGGGAUUUUCAUGAGUUCUGAUCUCAAGAACAUGUAUCCAAAAUUUCAGACAUGGCAAUGUAAGCUGCUGCAUGCCUGAAUUAAUCUUUGAGCAUUUUUGCUGCUACAUUUUCUCGUAUCGGACACUGUAGGUUCUUUUGGCAGUCUUUCAUAUUUCUGAUUUUAGUAACUUACAUCUUCAUCUUCUUCUAUACUGCAAUUUUCCCCACAAAUCUUUUUUCAUAUCAUCGUGAAAUCUAUAUGGUGAAAUAAGAGUACCGAUAGUGCUUGCUACAAGAUACAAAAGAACCAAAAAUAAACCAUUUCUUGCCGCAUUCUGGGAUGCGGCUGAACUGAUUCCACUGCCUCUAAUAUAGCGUUUGACCAUUCUGAUUUCAUAGUAAUGUCUCUUGGUCUUACAUGGAAAGAUUCUGCAUUUUGUGUUCUCUUCAAAAUAGUACAACUACAUUAGUCAUCUGACCAAGUUUUUCCGCUCUGGGAACUGGAAGCUGAUGUGUAAUUGUGGUCUUAAAUGUGGUGGCUCCGCUCGUGGGUUUGUUUGCCAAGGAAUGCUAGUCCCCAAGGUAGUCUCCAUUUCCCAGAGAUACGAAGAAAUUAGUUGAGCUACAAUCUAUACUUCAUUUUGAAGAUUCAGGCCAGUUUUCAGUUUGCUGAAGAUUGAAACCCACUCCUUUGGGAAGAGAGUUUCAUUUCCCAAAUACAAAUUGUUGUAGUAACUAGAUGUUUGUUUGAGUUGUUGAAUCUUUUGAGUAUUUUUUUGGUAUGUAAACGCUGUGCGCGUCUUCCUCCCUCAUUCCCCCCAAAUUAGCAGAGGAGAGGGAAUGUGGCACUCCCAAAUUAAUCGAUCCCCUAAUUCAGCAUUUUGUUGGGAAUUGAAUUUGGCACUCUGUUAAUACAACUUGGUCUUAUUGUAUUUGGCAAAAUUAGCAGAGGAGAGUAUAAUUUGGCACUCUCUAAUUCAGAUUUUUAUCGUAUUUUGUUCUUUCAAA